AUGGAGGACGCGGAAGGCUUUACAGCGGUGCGCCGAAAGCGCCGGCCCCUCAAAGCUGCAGGAGCAGCAGCAGAAGGAGCAGCAGCAGCAGAAGCAUCUGUAGACAGUGAGCCUAUAGAGCAGAUAGAUGAGAGCACAGAAGCAGCAUUGCUGCGUCCUAUGGCAGCAGAAGCAGCAGCAGCAGCAGAAGCAGCAGAAGGAGCAGCAGAAGGCGGAGAAGAUGAGGCGAGUGAAGGAGCAGAGGAUAUGGAUCAAGAGGCAGACACAUCAGCAGCAGCAGCAGGAGGGGCCCCACAGCAGCAGAAGGGUCCUAGGAAAGGGGGCCCCCGUAAGCAAUUAAUAGAUAAAGAAAAAGAGCAUAAAGAGGAACCUUUUAUAAGAAGACUACCUGUACCCCAACAUAGAUACACCCCAUUAAGGCAGCAAUGGAUAGAACUUAUUAAACCCCUUAUUAUGCAUAUGAGGCUACAGGUCCGUAUGAACCUGAAACGCCGGUGCGUAGAGCUACGCGCUGCUCCUCCCCCUGCCACCCCAACCCAAACAGGAGGAGCAUUAGGUGGAGGAGGUGGAGGAGCAACAGCAGCAGCAACAUAUAUGCAAAAAGGAGAAGAUAAUAUACGUUUAUCUAAAGGUUAUGAUUAUAUUCGUGCAUUUUUGUUAGGAUUUGAGCAAAGAGAUUGCUUAGCUUUGCUUAGAUUAGAUGAUAUGUAUCUUGAAUCCUUUGAGAUACAAGAUGUUAAAAGAUUAAAUGGUGCACAUUUAUCUAGGUAA